AGACAACACAACACUGUAUGCGCUCUCUAUUGCCGUAAUUGUGAACACAUUUCAUACAAACCAAACCAUUAGUGCAAAUAGUGUUGCGUUUGUCUCACGUCGAGCGUAAUUAUCGGUCGCUUUUGUGGACCCAAUCGAUGGCCCGAAGUGUGAGCCGAAGCCGCAGUCGGUCUCCAAACAGAUCCAAAGACCGUUUGGCGAAACGCAAAGACUAUAGAGAUUACGACAGUAAGGGCUCGAGAGGUGGCGGAAGUGGUGCUGGAAGUAGUGGCGGACGCGAUAGGGAUCGGGACAGAGAUAGAGACAGAGAUCGCGGCGGCGAUCGCUUGAAUCGCGAUCGUCAAAGAGAUCGCGACCGCAAUAGAGACCAUUCAAACGAUCGCCGCAGAAGUCGUUCGCCCCCUAUUCGUCGGCGUCGCAGAAGUCGAUCCAAGGAGAAGAGUUCUUCGGCUAAACCACAGGAGUCGCGGCCAGAGAUCAGCGAAAAAGACUUGGAGGGAAAGUCGGCCGAAGAGAUCGAAAUGAUUAAGGCUAUGGGUUUCGUGGGCUUCGAUACCACUAAAGGCAAACACGUGAAGGGGAACGACAUAUCGGCCGUUCAUUUGCUUCAGAAACGCAAAUACAGGUCCGAAACGUGGCUUUAA